CACACAAAUCACAAAGGGGUGAACUGAAGAACACAUAAGAGAAGGGGGGGGAUUAGUGACUUUGAAAUCUUGAGAGAAGAGUAUUGCAAACAAAAAACGAAGAAAAAAUGGGUUUAUUGAACCAAGGGUUUUGGUUGCUAGGUGUUUUGUUUCUAAGUAGCCUAAUACUUUGCAGGGCAGACGUCCAUCACUACGACUUCUUUGUACGAGAGUCAAACUUUACAAAGCUGUGCAACACUACGACUUUGCUGGUCGUAAAUGACAGUUAUCCAGGGCCUGAGAUUCGGGUUCAUAGAGGGGACACUGUGUUUGUUAAUGUUCACAACCAAGGAAACUAUGGCUUUACCAUUCACUGGCAUGGUGUGAAACAACCAAGAAAUCCUUGGUCAGAUGGUCCAGAGUUCAUUACACAGUGCCCGAUCGAACCAGGAACAAACUUCACUUAUGAAGUUAUAUUAUCUGAUGAAAUAGGAACUCUUUGGUGGCAUGCUCACAGUGACUGGACUCGAGGCUCCGUCCAGGGUGCCCUUGUCAUUUUGCCAGCCGAAAAUGAAACUUAUCCAUUUUCUACUCCUGAUGCCGAUCAAACAAUCAUACUUCAAUCAUGGUAUAAUGGAGACUACAAGCAAAUUAUUGACCAAGCACUUUCAACCGGUAUCCCUCCACGCCAACCAGAUGCUUACGCUAUCAAUGGACAUUUAGGAGACACAUAUGGAUGUCCCAAUGAUACCUUAUUCCGUAUGCAAGUUGAUUAUGAGAAGACAUACCUUCUUCGCAUAAUCAAUGCUGCAAUGAAUGAACAGAAAUUCUUCACCAUCACGAACCACAGCCUCACAGUCGUUGCACAAGAUGCCUCCUACGUGCAAAUGUUUACAAGCGACUAUAUACUGAUAAGCCCUGGACAGACCAUGGAUGUUUUGGUCUCUGCAAACCAAAACUUGGGCCAAUAUUACAUGGCAACUAGGCCUUUCUCCGAUAGUGCUGCCACACCUGUUGACUUUAUCACUACCGGUGUUUUCCAAUAUACAAACAGCGUGGGUGGAUUGAAUGCUUCCUUAAUAACGCUGCCCCGUAGAAACGAUUCCAAUGCUGCAAAUAGCUUCGUCAGCCGAAUUAGGAACUCAAACGUCACACAGAACCCGCCCAUGAAUGUGCCGACGGAUAUCGAUCGGCGAGUCUACAUUGCAAUUGCCACAAACAGCAUACCUUGCAACUCCUCAACCUGCCUUGUGCCUAAUAGAAUUGUUGCAAGUUUGAACAAUGUCAGUUUUGUUUUCCCACGUAUUGACAUUCUCCAAGCAUACUACAACAGGAGUACCAGUGGUGUUUUCACCGAAGACUUUCCCCUUGAUCCGCCUGUAUUCUAUGACUUCACAGGAAAUUUGACUGGCUUCAAUACGAAUGCUAGUCUAGGGACAAGGGCUGUUGUUCUAAAUUACGGUGAAGCAGUUGAGAUUGUGCUCCAAUCAACUAAUCUUGGUGCUGGUGGAAGUCAUCCAAUUCAUUUGCACGGUUUUAGUUUCUAUAGGGUCGGCACUGGUACAGGAAACUUUAACAAUGUGACUGACCCCAGCUCUUACAACUUGGAUGAUCCACCACUAAUUAACACUGUCCACGUUCCUGGAGGAGGAUGGGUUGCCCUCAGACUUUUUGCCACUAAUCCUGGGGUAUGGUUCAUGCACUGUCAUUUCGAAAGGCAUAGCAGCUGGGGUAUGGACACUGUUUUCAUUGUGAGGAAUGGAACCACCGCAGAAACAAGCAUCCGUCCACCGCCAGCCUCUGGCAUGCCUCGUUGUCCCGGUACCUAGGAGUAGGAUAACUGGUUAAGUGGUGUCUGGCUCUCUAUUUUUUAGCAAGCGAAUGGAACCAAUUUUAUUUGAAAUAUUGUCAAUAAGAUUUUUACUUGGAUAUAUGAUCUUAUAGUUGAUAUACAAUAUAUGUAAUCAUUACAAGGAAGAUUUGAAUUCAAGCAUAAUAUUCAAGAAAAUUCAAAUAAA